AUGGUACUCGGACGCUAUCAUCAUGUAUUUUUUAGCGGCCUGCUGUCUGUUGUACAAGGAGCGUGCACACGGAACACGACAACUACGAACGCAUCCCUUCCUGUCAUAAAUCUCGGAUAUGAGUGCCACCAGGCAAUUAGUCUCAAUGAAACGGGCGGUUAUUAUAAUUUUUCAAACAUUCGAUAUGGCGAGCCUCCAACAGGUAACCUACGCUUCAAAGCACCAGUCGAGCCGGCGAUACGAGAUAAGUGUGUUGUUACGAACGGAUCGAUCGGCCGCGUCUGUCCCCAAUCUUCGGGAAAUUGGACAAUCAUCGCCCGCGAGUUCGCGCAGAGUUAUCUUACAGGGCUACCCUUCAAGUACGAUCUGGCCAUUAGUACUUUACCCGAUUCGCCCGACGCUAUUAGCGGCGAUACUAGAACUACAGAGGAUUGUUUAUUUUUGGAUGUGAUUGCGCCACGGUCCGCAUUCGCCGGAAAGGCCUCGAGCUUGCCGGUGCUUGUUUGGGUUUACGGUGGUGGGUAUUCCUCUGGCGAGAAGACCGGAAAGGGGAAGUUUAACCCAGCAGGUCUCUUGGCAACUACUGGUAGCGACUCUGGCUUCAUCUUUGUGGCAAUUAACUAUCGCCUUGGUGCCUUUGGAUGGCUGGGUAAUGACGAAGUUGGAGCUGAUGGGACCCUCAACGCCGGACUUUACGACCAACGACUCGCCCUCCGGUGGGUUCAGAAGUACAUACACCUGUUUGGUGGAGACAGGGAUCGCGUGACUAUUAUGGGCGCUUCGGCUGGAGCUGGCUCAAUAAUGCACCACAUUACCAGCUAUGGUGGCUCGGGGGAAAAGCCAGCAUUCAACCAAGCAGUAUUAUUUUCGCCUGCGUUCCUGCCUGCUCCGACACCGGAUAUUCCGACCACGUCGUUCAAUGACCUCAUGAACAUGCUCAAUGUUUCAUCACUGGAUGAAUUAAGAGAUUUACCAAGUGAUACAAUCAUUGCUGCUAAUGCCCUUCAGAUAUACAGCUACGCUCCGUAUGGCAGCAAUAUGUACGGCCCUUCCGUCGACAACUCUUUUGCGCCAGCUUUACCAGGUCAACUUUUGGCAAAUGGUUCAUUCCACCAAAACAUCAGCAUAAUGGUAUCACACAAUACACUUGAGGGGCUGACCUUCACGAAGCCGAUGAUCAAAACAACGGAAGACUACUUAGAUAUGCUACGCCAAGCCAUGCCAACUAUUUCGAAUAGCGCGCUAAGUUUUAUCAACAAUACUUUGUACCCGGCCGUGUUUAAUGGAACAUAUGGUUAUACGAACCAGUUCCAACGAGCUCUUGCUACCAUACAGGAUAGCACUAUCAUUUGCAACACGAGGUAUCUUGCUAGUGCAAUGAGUGGUCGUGCCUAUGGCGUCAAAUUUGCCGUCCCGCCUGGGAUCCACGGGGAAGAAACUUCGUAUGUAUUCCAGAACGGAAAGACGUCGGAUGUAAACCAGGAUGUUGCCGACCGCCUACAGCAGUACAUAGCGAGCUUCGUUAUGAACUCAGUGCCUAGUGAUGUUAACGGCUUGUAUAUCCCCUUAUAUGGAUCCAGAUCCCAGCUAAUAAGCAUGGCGGCUUCGGGCUCGACAAUUGUCAAGGAUGACACCGCUAAUGCUCGAUGUGCUUGGUGGCAACGCGGACUUUAUGCAUAA